AUGUUUGCCUCUUCAAUUCGCCUCGCCUCCCUCCCCAAGGGCCCCCUCAUGGCUCGGAACUUCAGCUGCACAUCCGCAGCCCGUGCAGCCGAGGUGAAGUCGCUGGGUGUUAUCGGUGCGGGCCAAAUGGGUCUGGGAAUUGCUCUCGUCGCUGCACAGAAAGCGAAGGUCCCUGUCACACUUGUCGACACCUCGCAGGCUUCUUUGGAUAAGGGCCUCAAGUUUGCCGAUAAGCUUCUUGAGAAGGAUGUUGCUAAGCAGCGCCUCACCCGCGAGCAAGCUGACGCUGCCCGUGGUCUUCUGAUUCCGAGUCUCAAAAUGGAUGACCUAUCCUCUGUUGACUUUGUUAUUGAAGCUGUUCCUGAGAUCCCCGACCUCAAGACAAAGAUCUUUGCCAACUUGGCACAGAUUGCCCCCAAGCAUGCAAUCCUUGCCACAAACACAUCUUCUAUCUCUAUCACUAAGAUUGCCGCUGCCACCAGCGCGGACCCCAAAGACCUCCAGGCUUCCUCCCGAGUCAUCUCCACUCACUUCAUGAACCCGGUGCCAAUUCAGAAGGGUGUGGAGAUUAUCCGUGGUCUCCAAACCUCUCAGGAGACAAUGGACACAGCAAUUGCCUUCGUGGAGCGAAUGGGCAAGGUCGCUUCCGUGUCCGCCGAUUCACCUGGAUUCCUGGCCAACCGCAUUCUCAUGCCGUACCUCAACGAGGCAAUAAUCUGCUUGGAAACCGGGGUUGGUGGUCGCGAGGACAUUGACAACAUCAUGAAGACCGGUACUAACGUACCUAUGGGUCCCCUCGUUCUGGCCGACUUUAUCGGUCUGGAUACAUGUCUCGCCAUCAUGAAUGUCCUUCACCAGGAGACUGGUGACAGCAAGUAUAGACCUGCCGGACUUCUGCGCCGUAUGGUGGAUGCUGGCUGGUUAGGCAAGAAGAGUGGCAAGGGCUUCUACGACUACUAG